AGGGUGUUGUCAGAAUACGCCAACAGUACCUGUCAGGUCAUACUGGAAAAACUGCACAUUACUAAGAUUGGGUUGACAAUAGGGCUAAUUACUACAGCUGUACUUACCGAAGUGGGAUAUAUUUCAACUACAGGACGCAACAUUUCUUAGCAGUUUUUACAAAGGAAAAAAAUAACCACAUCUCAGCUAGAUGGCUAGAAACAGCUGCCAAUUCACCUGCCAUGUUGUUGUCAUACUGUUUUUGCUUGUGUUCGGUGAAGUAGAUGGUGUCACCAUUACAGUCCCCAACCCCACUGUCAGUGCAGAAGCUGGCACCGAUGCAGUUCUUAUGGUCAGUUUCACCAGUGGGACAAAUCCCUAUGUGUCCUGGGAACUGGAUCUGUCCAUUGCUUCAUGGACCAUCAACUCGGACCAGCCAGCAGACAUCGCUCAGGCAUACAAGGGCCGGCUAACGAUCGACACUAAAGCCCCCUCUCUCACACUGAAUAAGGUCACUACUGCUGAUGCUAGGGACUACAAAGUCACUAUGCGGGCAACUGGGGAAUCCAGUGAUGAGAAAUUAAUCAAACUCAAUGUGUAUGAAAGGAUUACGUCAGUAAAUGUGAACAUAUCUCCAGCGGAUCCGGUUGAAGGAAAGGAUGUCACGAUGACUUGUCAGAUCACAGGGACGGGCACAAAAUACUCGUGGAAGGUGAACGAAACACCGGUGAUUGUGGACAGCCGGCAUGUGGCCUCAGGAAACACACUGACCAUCAAGUCACUGGUCAGGACUGACAAGGGCCAGUACAGCUGCACUGCUGAAAACCCAAUUAACAGCCUGAGAAACAGCGUUGAUCUGAUCGUUUACUAUGGUCCGGAUGAUCCUGUGAUCAAAGUGGACAAUGCCAAUGCUGGGACGCAGCACAAUGCACUGGUGGGGUCAACUGUCCAGCUGGACUGCGUGUCAGAGUCCCUGCCCGUGUCAUACAACUGGAAAUACAACUCUGUGAGUACAGCCGGUGGGAGCAAGACACUGUCCAACAUCCAGAGGAACCAGGAGGGGGACUACGUCUGCGAAGUGUCUAACGCCAAGACCACUCUCACAAAGAGCAAAACCAUCACCAUCAAAGUGUACGAUAUGAUCCAAGGGCUGAGUGUGUCGACAAUCCCGGUGAACCCAAAGGAGGGGGAUGCGCAGGUGGAGAUAACCUACGCCACGGAUAAGGGUUCAGGCACAGCCAUGUGGCUGAAGGAUGGAACAGCACUGCCCAACGACCCGCGAUACACUGUCACUGCCAACUCCCUAAAAAUCAACAGCCCUGGCCGGUCUGACUCUGGGGUCUAUACCUGCAACCUGACCAACCCCUUUAGCACUAGCACUAUCCAGAAGACCAUCAGCAUCUUCUAUGGCCCAGAGAAGCCACAGAUAUCUGCUACUUCAGUGGAGAAUCCUGAUCCUCUGAAGUACGUCCUGGUUGGCACCACUGUGUUACUGAAAUGCAAGGCUGAGUGUGAUCCCCCUGCCACCUAUUACUGGAACGUGGGGAACCAGGAUGAUCCCAAUGUGCCUGAGGGAGCCACUCUGAACCUGACCAACAUCCAGGCGAACCAGGCGGGCAGCUACACCUGCAUCGCUGUGAACGACAAGAUCAACAAGAGGGUGCGCAAUGUCGUGCCCCUCAACGUCUACCAGAAGCCUGUGAGUGCUGGACCCACAUGCUCGAUGACGCCGGUGAAUUCUGAUCUGCAGUUUCGCUGCUCUUGGCUGGGUGGCAUUCCGAAGGUCUCGCUGAAGUUCCUCGGACUUUCUGAGGUAAAAGAGGCCAGCGAAACUCUGGAUCAGACCGAGACUGCAGCCAAACUACCUGCGCUCAACGGCAAAGCAAUCACCUGCGUGGGAACGCAUCCCAUAGCUCCCAACAACUGCUCCAUCACUCCCAGGUCUCCAGAAGGCAUCCUGCCAUCCCACAGUGCCACAGCGCAACCCUCUGGCAAAGUCUCUGUGACAAUUUCCUGUAAGGGAAGCUCCCAGCCCCCGGCCACUGUCACAUGGUCUAAAGCAGGACAGCUGCUGACCUCAGGAGGGAUCUACACCAUAAGCAAUGACACCACAGAUCUGACCAUCACUGGCUUCAAUAUCAGUGGGGGUGAUCUGGCAACAUACACCUGUGUCAGCACAAACCUGCUGGGCUCUCAGAAAAGCUCCAUCAACCUGACAGGCCCGGCGAUUUCCAAGUCUAGCAUAUUGGUGAACCCGGCUCACACCGUGGUCACGUUAACCUGGGAGACUCCAAGAGAUUCGGUUGUCACGGGAUUCAAUGUGCAGAUGACAGGCCCCGCCCUGCAGAGAAGCUCCAUCUCCAGAGCCGCCACUGAUUGGAGGACCAUUCAGACGAAGGGGCCGGAAGCUCGCAACACUGACAUCUCCCCCCUCCAACCAGGAGAGAUUUACCAAUUCCGGGUUAAACCAAUGGUGGGCCAAAAUGAGGGGCCACCCUCAGAGACAUACAGUUUGGGCCAGGAUCCGGGAUUGAGUGCAGGUGCGAUCGCUGGGAUUGUGAUCGGGUCUGUCUUCGGAUUCCUCCUCCUGUUGCUUCUCUUGAUUCUUCUUAUCCUGUGUUGUCUGCGUAGGAAAAAGCAACGUAAAGAACCGAAGUACCCAGUGCCGAAAACUAAAGAAAGGGUAGCAACUGGUGUCUCCCAACCAAACAUCUUACUGACAGGGGGAGUGACAGCUGCAAGGAAUGGGCCAUCCAUUGGCAAUGGGAACAGGGCUUAUACACCUGAGCCCUAUACCCAGUAUGACAAAUCAUCCACCCUCCCCUCCAAUGUCACCCCUCCUGCCGUGCGGAUGGCUACCACAGUGUAAAACUGGACUUCCUGUGGCUGUAGGUACUUCCUUGAAUAAAAGUAUUUUCUCAAAGCGGUGACCCGCUAUAGAAACUCUCUUGAAGCACUGGACUUCGCUGAGCCCAUUCAAACAAACCUAUUGGCUUUCUAAACUUCCAUUUUAGAAUGACUCGUGCCAAGGUUUGACAUUUUUGGGAGGGGUCAGGGAGCUGGGUAAAGCAGUGUUAUUUUAUCCCUGGUCCUCAUGUACCCCUAACAGUCCAAUUCUUAAGUUUGAAGCAGGUUUUGUAUAUGGUAAAGAACUAGAGAAAUCACUUGAGCUGCACCCUGUUCUCAGAGGCUGUUUCUAAUUGGGUUCUUAUCUGCACUGGAAAACAAUGCACAUUUAAAAUGCGUAUUUUGUUUGUAGUUGAAAGAAAAUCCUUGACCAUGGGACCACAGUUGUGUCAAAUCAAGAACUGACAAAUGUAUGCAUUGAGGGCUGAAUUCUGCAUCUUUAAACUGAACAGGCAACUUCUUUGAUACUUUUUACUAACCUGGCAAAAUAAGCAUUAGAAACACAAAAGCAUUUAAUGUAAAUUGGUCCUGUCGGCUGCUUGUCCCCAUUGACCCUCAUUGUAUAAUGGGAUAUUAAACGUGUUUGACUGGAAACAUUAUUUGCAAUUGUCAUGGUACUGUAGGUCGCAUUAGCACUGAAGCGAUUCUAAGAACAUUUUUGUAAAAAAUGCUAAAAUAAUUUUGUAUCAAUAUUUUUUAGACAUUUUCUGCAUACCUUUUAGAUUUGAUGCUGCAGACAAAUCAAGCAUAGAUAGCUAGAAUUGGAAAAUUUGUACAAAAUAAAGAUAUUGUUACAUUGUUGCUUGCUCUGUUUUUGUAUCGUUCUAAUUUCAAAUGAAAUCUAAUUCGGUGUUCUGGUAACAAGGCUGUACUAUGACUUUCAGGGCCAAAAACAACUUCAGAUUACUUCAAAUCUUGUAGCAUCAGCAGGUAACAGAAGUACCUGGGCACAAAUACGUCUCCCUUUAAGUAACUAAUUUAUUUAAUAUCAUUAAAAUUAACCUACUGGGUGUUUUUUUUAUAUAUAUUCUUCUUCUUCUUCUUCUUCGUCUUCUUCUUCUUCUUCAUCUUCUUUUUGGUAAUAUAAAAGUAAUAAGUAAUCAGUAAUAUAUUACUUCUAUAAAAAAAAAGUAAUCAGUAAUAUAUAUAUAGAUUACUUUUUUGGACCCAGCAAUCUGUACUUUACUAUUAUCCCUGGCCAUAAAAUAUCAUUAGAAACCUAAAAUGAUUAUUGUCUGCAAAUUGGGUUACAUCUUGCAUUGUAAGUAAUUUAAAUAAAAUUACAUCAUUUCUUAUUGAAUUAAUUUGAAGUACUGUGGUGCUGAUUAGUAUUAGAUCAUGUAUUUAUCUUUUACUUCCUUUGAAGUAAUAGUAAAUCAUAUGCUUGUUUUAAAUAACAUUUGAAUUACCGCUGAUUAUAAAGUGUCCCCCUGUUUUGAUACCAAAAGUAAGUAUAACUAUUUUUAACCAGUGAAAUCGAAAUACUAUAUAUAUAUAUAUAUAUAUAUAGAGAGAGAGAGAGAGAGAGAGAGAGAGAUUAUUUAUAUAUUUUGUCAUGUCUUUAGCUUUUACAUUGUAAGCCUAAAUGUUUAAAAACUGAGAAAUGUGGAGUUAAUACUAACAAGUGUACGAUAAAGGACAUAUUGAAAACAACUCAAUUGCUCUUAAAUUUGUUUUACAAUAAAAUAACUGUUUUCUUGUGACUCUCCAAGCAGAUAUACAAAAUGUUAUCAAUUAUUUUUUCAUGUUUGUUCAUGUAUAUGAACUCAUGCAUUAUGAUGUUAUUUUUAAAUGUAUGUAAAAUAAAUAUUUAAAAUCGAAUAAAAGUUAAUUGUAUUUUUCCGUG